AUGCAAUUCGAGCAGCGCGAAAAACACACACAGACGGAGGAGCUCCAGGACGUCACUACCAAGUAUGAGCACCCCGCAAAAGAUGGAUGUAACGGACGAGCAGUUGGUUCGCUGGAAGACAACUCGAUCAAGGGGGAAAUGAGCGUCUCGAGCGUGGAGACCAUUUGUUCCUAUUCCAGCGGGGGGUCGCGGGUGGACGAAGUGGCAGAAACGGGACAAGCGCGAGAAGUGAGCGAAACGAGCGAAACGAGCGAAGCGAAGGAAGCACAGGGGAAGAAAGAGGUAGGAGGAACCAGCAAAACGAGCCAAACGGACGUCACACACAAAACGAGCCAAACGGACGUCACACACAAAACGAGCCAAACUGACGUCACGCACAGGACAAACAUAAACAACCGCGCUGAUGUAGCUGCCCGGCCGAGGGAGCGGGGGCGCUCCCCCACCCCUGGGCACUCCUCAUACACACGGCAGACCUCGCUAAGUUGUGCCCUGGGAAGAAUCAGCUCCAACUACGUAAUGCAUGCAAGCAACAACACAAGCCGUGUGGCAGAAUGGGGCAGUAGGAUGAGCGCCUCCACUUCCGUGAACCUGUGUAAAGUCACAAAACUUAUCAACCUCCGUGAAGACCUCCCCUCUAGCGCUAUGUACAUUGGAAAUGGUACAGACGGGGGGAGGAAGGUGGAGGUGCAGGAGGAGGAAGAGAUGCCUCAGAAGAGUGUCACUCAUGUGAGGAGUUGUUCCAUGGACAGCCACCACAUUGGCGUGACUCAAACGGAGCGCAGUUGCGAAAGUGGCCUCGAGCACGAUGGGGACAUGAAGAGAGGUCCAAGUGGGAAGGAAGAUAAUGAUAAAACUUGCAACUCGUGCACAGAGAGCAGUGAAUUGCAAUUAGCGAAGGACCAAAGUUAUGACCUCUGUAGUAGCAACAAACGAGUGUUCAUCCAGGGGAUUCAAAAAAAAAAUUAUCACAUGAAUGGGACAAAUACAUUUACAUACUUAAAUGAGGUUCUAGAGAAGACCUACAAAGAGACGGUAGAGCUCGAUGGGUCCGAAUAUAUUUUUUUGUAUGACAUAUGUGUUCAGGAUGGAGAUGCAUCAAGCCAAUUAGACAAAAGAGGAGAGUUUAUUCAGAAUAGCUCUUGGGGUGCAUCUGCAUCUGUUCAUACAACCAUCCCAUUAGAGGAAGAAAAUGAGGUCCUUACCCUCAACGUGUAUAAUAAAUACAUAAACAUUUUUCAUAGCUUUUCAAAUAAAAUGAAUAAAAUUAGGAGACUGAUCUACCCCAUUGAGGCGGAUGUGUCAGCAGGUUAUGCAUGCACAGGGUCGUUAGCAUCAACUGCGGGGGCAGCUUCAAAAGUGGGUUCAGAUAAUCACCCGGAGACACACAGGAGGAGAGAUGGACAAGCAUCACAUAUGGGGGGGACCCGUGGUAGAAUGGUUGUUGGUGGCCUUGACGAGACGAACCUCGAGUCCAUACAAACACUCUUCGCAGAGGAAGGAGGACAGAUGAGGAGCAGCCCGAAGAUGAAGCUACUGGACAGAAUAAAUUGUCUCAUUUUAACCGCCAUGGGUAGAAGUGGGACGGAGGAGGGUAAUAGUACGGCUGGGGAGGAUACUUCCAACAGCAGUACCGCCAACCUGGUCGGUGACUCCACUGCAAAAAUGGCGUCCCACCUUCAUGCGAACUCCUCCCCACGGAAGACCACCCAGCUACUAACCCCAUUGGACGUGGGCAAAAUUAAGCAACACAUGAAAUGCAGUGCAAAUAGGAGGGUCCACGAGAGCGAUAUAUAUGAUAUUCAAAUUAUGAAGAGAGGAUACUUUUACCUCAACGUGCGAAAUGGACACUGGGACGAGUACUACUGUGUCCUUUUCCAUUUAAAAAAUAACAACGUACUCUUCAAAAACGAUCUCUUAUACACACACUAUUGUAGAGUCUACGACAGAGGGGUGUUACACAAUGUACUAAAUUCACCUGACUUGUACAGCAAUUAUUUUAUAGCUUUUUUUAAAGACCCCAAUUUCGAGCUGAACAAAUUAACAAACUUGGACUUAUGCAUUAUAAUAAGAAAAAAUUAUUACCCAUUCGUAAUUGAACUCUCACGAAGUAAAAAGGCUAGUGUUAUAAUUCACACGGGUCAGGAUAUAUUCCUUCAUGUUGAUCAGACUGAAGCGGAACGAGUGAAGAGUUCUCUUAUCCUAUUCGACAUUAACUCUGAACCGUUUUAUCUAAUCCCCUUUGAAUGGUUUCCAGACGAUGGGGUUGCAGUGAGGAGUGCCGGUGGUAGGGUUAACAAGGGAACAGCUAAUGAACCAUCACCCCAAGGAAGCACUCCUCGUCGUGGCCGAGUGAAACUCCAGUACGGCCUGCUCAAGGAGUGGAACGACUGCCUCUACUCCGUCAUGGAGAAAGCCAAGCAGAAGAACACAAACGUUUGUGACAAACGAGGCCAAAGUGAGAAGACGCACUAUGUUAAUAGGAAGUUUAGCCAGUGGAUCGAGGCGUUUAAGAAGGAGAGGAACAUUCAGGAGCACGCUGUGUAG